CAGGAUUCAACUGAUCUGUUUUUGUGGCAUCUUUAUCCACAGACUGUUCUUUGGUACUACUCAUAAUGGCUUCAUUUGUCACAGAGCUCCAGGUUUCUCUGAAUAAGACUGAGGCGCUGAAGCUGGAGGCGGAAGGCUUCAGUAGAGUCAAUGUUGACCUGAACAAAGGGGCAGGAAGAAACAACAUCUAUCUUUGGUACAAAAAACAAAGUGAAGGGGUUUCCAUCACCAGGGUUCAAGUUUCCUUCAACGACGACAUGGCUGUCGGUUUGACCAUGGCAGGGUACACCAAGAUUCCCCAAAACCUCAACACUGGAACCAAAGGUGAUGUCAUCUACCUGUGGUACUUCAAAGGGACCACAGAGUACGACACCCCCAUCAAGGAAGUCGAAGUCACUGACAAUGCAGGAGCUGAAGCCCAGAUGGUUAAACUGAACUGGGAGAGAGUGACCUGUGACCUGAACCGUGAAGCUGGAGGAAACUGGAUCCACAUGUGGGUGAAGAGAGAGAAGCAGACCUACAUCUGCGACGUCACCGCCACCGACUCCUAUGACGUAGAUGCUGACCUCUUUAAAGAUGGUUAUAUCCGCAUGGAUGAAAACACCAACAGAGGCGCUGGAGGAAGCUUUGUCUUUCUGUGGUACCGUCAGACCGCCGACCCCUGCCGUGCCCUCACCAGUGUGGCCGUCUCCACCAACGACUUCGAGUACCAGGAGCUUCAGCAGAAAGGAUUCAUCCGUGUGAACGUGAACCUCAAUGAGGGCACUGGCAGUGGUCCUGUGUACCUGUGGUACAAGAAAGAAGAAUGUGCAAAACCCAUCAAAACCAUCAUCCUGCUCGUUAACACAGGUGCGACUGAAGUGUUUAAGGAUGCGGGUGUUACUGUGAUUGAGAGAAGUCUCAACUCAGGCAACGUGGGCCGCAAAGAGUUUCUGUGUUUUUAUCAGUAAGAGCCUUCAGGAUGAUCUGCUUAGUUUGGCUGCAUUACACAAUCAUUUCUGAGUAUUUCCAAUAUGUUCUGAUCAUGAGUGCUACUGCAAGUGACAUCUAAAAAA